CUAGACUUCAAAUUUUGCACACCCCAGUAGGCACUGCAAGAAAACAGGAAGCCACAAAAAACACAAAUUGCAGGGCAAGCCUGAAACCCACCCCCCCAGUCAAUCCAAAUGGAUGGCUCCUUCUUUCACUCUUCAAAUUCUGAUUUUUCAUCCGAAUCUUGUUUUGAAUCGCCAGAUUUUUUCCAUGGCCUAUCUUUUAACCAAAGUUCUCUCCCCUUCAAUGAAAACGACUCCGACGAAAUGCUUCUUUUUGGGCUAAUCUCGGAGGCCACUCAAGAGACGUCAAAAGCAACUUCCUAUAAUGGAAUUAUUAAGGAAGAAGAGGUUAGCUCCGUGGCCGAAGAAGAUCCCAACAAGGAAAAGUCCUACAGAGGUGUUAGGAGGCGGCCAUGGGGCAAAUUCGCUGCAGAGAUAAGGGAUUCCACAAGGCAUGGCGUAAGGGUGUGGUUAGGCACAUUUGAUAGUGCAGAGGCAGCUGCUUUGGCCUAUGACCAAGCUGCUUUUUCAAUGAGAGGAACUGGGGCGACACUGAAUUUCCCAGUUGAAAGAGUGAGGGAGUCACUGAAGGAUAUGAAGUGUACUGACCAAGAGGAUGGGUGCUCGCCUGUGGUGGCUCUAAAGAGGAAGCACUCCCUGAGAAGGAAAUUGGGAAGCAGAAGCAAGAGAGAGAGUAACGUUAGGAUAGAGAAUGUGAUGGUUUUGGAAGAUUUAGGUGCUGAUUAUCUGGAACAACUAUUGAAUUCAUCUGAAGAUGCUGUGAGUCCUUGCUGAACUAUCUUAAUUUUACAUGUUUCUUAUCUUUUUUUUUCCUCCUUCCAUAUGAUUUAUUGAGAUGGUAGGAUUGAUCAUAUGCCAAGUCUUCAUGUGUAUUUUCCAUUUUCAUCCCCUUGUAUUUCCCCUCGAAACCUUGUAAAGUAAAGGGGCUGAAGGGUGUUGAAUGA